UUGAUUCAGUGAGCUGUGCCUCUCCCAGGAGCACGUCAACGCAUUGUUGCCGAUGAUCCAAGCGAAAAGUCCAUUGUUGUUGCGAAGUUUUUAAUCUGAGGAUUUAAAGCACAUCACAUGCUCGGACCGGGCAGCGGGGCACACUCCACAACAACAGGAAAAACUAGGCUGCUGCAAAUAUCCACGUUGGGGAGGAAAACGAUUCAUCCCGAACGGAGCGACCCAAACAUUUCUAGGAUCGCCGGAGAAGAGGCUUAAAAAAAAGUGCAACUAUAGAAGGAACUUUUCUGCGUAGCCUACUCUGGUUAAACGUGACGGUCGGACAUCUGGGACAAACAUGACGCUGAAGUACAGCCAGAGGUCUCUCAUAGUGCUGUCUUUACUAGGGAUUUUAUCGGCCAUUAUGUCCGUUUUAUCGGUCAUUUUAAUUUUCCAGCUCCAGUCUCAACAGAUGGCAACAAAGGAGUCUCCCCCGUCCACCUCCGCGGUCAUACCAGCUCAGGUCUGGGCCGUCCUGCUGCCCGUCUCCGCGGUGCUCUCUGCUCUGUCCCUCACCCUGAACCUCAGCUCUGUGGUGGUGUGUUUGCUGCACGGCUAUGUCUCAACAGAGGUCUGCAGAGGAGAGCACGAAACGGAAAGAGCAGACUGGUUCCUUUUGGAUAGCAGAUCUAUACGACAUGUGGCUAUAGGACUGUUCUGCCUGGGAGUUUCUGUCUACUUGGCUGCUAUGUCCAUCUUUAUGCUCCUGGUAUUUGAGGUGGAGACCGGCAUGGCAAGUGCUUGUGUACUCUCUUUUGGGAUUCUAAUCCUUCUGUUCGUAGUGACCCACUCUCUGGUCAAAGCUUCCUGCGGUGCAAAGCAAUACAAGAGAGAACACCUCGGCACUCAUUACGAGAACGACCAUGGGAAUAGCCCUAAACCUCUCUCCCGGCCCUGCGAGCUCAAGAUCGGCGUGGACAAACCGCGAAUACACCGGAGCGAAUCUCACCUCCAGCAUCCAAUGACCUACCCUCAAUAUAGUAACCCGAGACAGCGAGAAAAAUACCAGCAACCGCAGUACUCUCCAGACAGAGGUUCCCAGGGCCUCACCAGCGAUAAAGAAGGAUACAGCAGUGGAGGCGGUGGUCCCAGAAUGCAUAGGACCAUAUCUACUGAAUCUGGUUUACUGCAGGCCCAGGCUAAACCUUGGAAUGGGGUCAACAGUGAGAUGAGGAGUGUCCUCGCCCGCAAAUCGGGGAUAACAGCAAAAGACUCCACUCUCGUGUGACACGAGAGAAGCAGAGCAUGUGGCUACAGAACCUGAGAGACAGGCUGCUAUCACAAGUGUCAUCUCAAACAGAUGUAGAACUAUAACUUGCUUCCUUAUUACCCUCAGCAAGUAUAUCCUGACUGCUUGCAGUCAACAUAGAUAGAAAUUGAAACACACCCAAUUUUGGAUUUACUUUUCAAAUGAUGAUAAUGAUGUAUAAAUGAAACUUGAUUUUAAUUUCAUUGUAAACACAAAUUCUGACCAAGUAUCACUCCCCCAAAUGUAUAGCUUUCAUUGUAAUAAUGUAAAUACGUUACUCUGCUGUUUUUUGCCAAAUAUUUGAGCACAGUGUGCACAUUUGUUUUGUUGUUUGUAUAUUUCAAAUCAACCUGAAAUCAAUUUUAGAACAGAUAAUUCAGAUUUAAAGUAGGAUAUUUUAUACCUCAAUAAGACAAUAACAUAAUAUAAAAAAAUAUAUAUUUUACUUCAAAUGUCAUUUAGUUGUACAUUUCGACAACUGAAGAAAAGAAAAAGAC